AUGAGCAAUUACAAGGACGAGCUGCCACCAAUAUGGGCAUGCAAGUCGCAGCGGAAGACGCAGUUCCCGAUGACUAUCGACCCGGACGAGCUCGCUCCUGAGCUUCCUGGACUCACGGCUGUGGUGCACUUUCCUCGACCUGAACCUGUGCAUGCGGUCAUUUGGCGGGUGCGUUCCCUCGUCUACUCAUCGGCCCUCGAUCUGGCAUUGCCGUUCAGCCUCGAACACGCUGGCUCGUGCCACUCGUUCGCAGACGACGACCUCGUGAACAUCAUCCAGACGGCGACCGAGGCCAUUCCAGGUGCACACCGUGCACGGGGCGGCCCCGCCAUCUUUCGCGUCAUCGAGAUCCUGGGCAUGGCUCAGGGCCCGCAACAGGGCGCAUGCUCAAUAAACGAGAUCCGAACAUUCCACGGCUCGAAGUCGUUCGCGGACCUCGAGGACUGA